GAUGACGCAAGGAGGAGGCGGAAGUCAGCUGUGCUGAAGCUUCGAGUACAGGAAGAAAAGGAGCCGAGAGUCAUACCUCUCCUCCACUCCCAAGAUGUUUACUCCCGGCGGGUCCGGUGGUUCGUCCGUGCCAUUGAGAAGAGGUCAUGGAGCCCAUGCUCUACCUAAGCAACCAGAAAGGAGCUUAGCUUCUGCUUUGCCUGGUGCAUUGUCCAUUACUGCAUUGUGUACUGCACUGGCAGAACCAGCCUGGCUCCAUAUUCAUGGGGGUACAUGUACACGCCAAGAGCUGGGAGUGGCAGAUGUUCUAGGUAGUGAGGAUCCUGAGCUGCUUACUGAUUAUUGCAUGAACCGACAGACUAUACUCCUCCUCCGUGUUAUUGCUGGAUUCUGCUUCCUGGGUAUUGCUUGCAGCAUGACUGCCUUCCUUCUGGAUGUUUUCGGACCCAAACACCCAGCUCUUAAAAUCACUCGGCGUUAUGCUUUUGCCCACAUCCUCACAGUUCUGCAGUGCGCGACAGUAAUUGGAUUUUGUUACUGGGCCUCAGAACUCAUUCUAGCUUUACAGCAACAGCACAAAAAGUACCAUGGUUCCCAGAUCUAUGUCACCUUUGCUGUCAGCUUCUACCUGGUUGCUGGAGCUGGUGGUGCAUCCAUUUUAGCCACAGCAGCCAAUCUGCUGCGUCAUUAUCCUACAGAAGAGGAAGAGCAGGCUCUGGAGUUGCUGUCUGAAAUGGAAGUUGACUCCUACCCUAGUGAGUACGAUGUCAUGAACCCCUUCCAGCCACCUCCUGCUUACACUCCAUAAAAGGGUCAAACGAUGAGAGAUGACCCACGCAGACUGUCUCCUUGUACCAGAAAGCACCUGUGUGUGCCAUUGCUUACAUUGAUAGGAGGACAUUCUAGCCAAAUUGUACUAGAUAUGGAAACAUAUAGACAGUCUUCUAUCCUUCCACAGCCUGGUCCUCACAGCAGACUUUACCCCCCUAUUCCUUUGCUUCCCGUUAUUUUCCUCUGUAUAUUUCUGCGAUCAUUCACAAGACCCAAAAUUUGCUUCUCCGAUGUUCCUUUUGAAACCGCACCUGUCCUCCGUUAAACCAUUUGAGAAGAUACCUGAGGAACCUUUAAAAAGGACAUGGAAAAGACGUUGUGUUGGACCUACCUCUUACCAUUAUAUGGUACUGACAGGAAACAAGUGAUUCUAUUUCUUGUUUGCGACUGUUGGCUUUGCUAAUCCCAAAAUAAUUUUGCUUGGGGUAGACAUGAGGCUUUACCUAUGUUAUGGUAAGCCAUCACAGAGCACUGAGAUAUUCUGGAUGUUCAAAGAAUUUGGACAAGGUGGGAUAUAGGUUUGUGACCUGUCAGGUAAUGUUCAGUCAUUAGAUGCAAAUUAAGUUGCCAGUAGUAUGCUAGGGUAGCAUACUAAAUUUGUUGUUUUCCCAUCUAGAUAAUGAUGGGCUAUCCAAACAUAGGCUUGGUCUACAAAUUGACACGUGUCCUAAGCUUUAGUCAAUGUAUCGGAGUGUGAAUUAUGGAUAAAAAGCACUUUGGUAGACCCUCACUUAGUUUAAUGGGGCUGUUUGUAUACUCAUUGUGUAUAUAUAUAGUUUGUUUUUCAAUAUGGAAAUAUAUCUUUUCCCCUUCUGGUUUAUGGAGAUGCACAGAUUUAACAAAAACGAAACCGUAAUAUAUCUAAUAGAAGGAAAUAACAGAGGAGACCUAUUGCAGCACCAUUUUUCCGUUUUCACAGCCAAGCCUUAAAUACUAAUAUAAUCAACAUAUUUGUACAAUUUUCAAAUGAAUAGGUGGACUGGAUGAUUCAUACCUGGGUAAAUGCAAAAGGAGCUAUGAAUUAAAUGUCACAUGUUUUCAGUUCUUUUUUUCAAACCUCCCUAUUUGACGUUUUUGGGGCUUGUUUUUGUUCACUUUUGCUUAUGUGUGUGUGCAAUAAUGUAUACUUAUUAUUUUAUACAUACCUUUAUAUGAAAAAUAUUGCUAUUUUAUCUGUAUAUUUUUGCCCUCGUCGACUGUUUUAAGUAGUAUGGCUAAAAGCUGCAAAAUAUCUUGUGUUAAGCACUCAUAAAGCUGUUCCAUAUUAAAGUAAGAUCAGCUUGUCCCAGUUGAAGAAAACAUGUAAACACUCAAUAUUUUAAGCACAGUGCAAGGAAUACAUCCUAUAAGAAUAUUAGUUAACCAGUACUGAUCAGACUGCCUACAAGUGAAAAAUGUGGGAAUCACAUAUAGCUAACCACGGUGUUUAUUUAUUUAAUAUGAAUGCUCCCAACAGUCCCAAGUCAGGUGGGACUUUCAUGUAAUGAGAUUUUUCUUAUACCAUGGUGGGCUUUGUUGUUUCUUUGCCCUGCUUCCGGAGACACAAUAUACAUUCAAUAGAAAGUAAGGUGGAAGAUUAGAUGCAUUCUCUAUUGAGCAAGACCAUUACCAGGUAUUUCUGACCUUGCAGGCGUCUGUACAUAUUCAGGUCCCUUUAUUUAUCUGACCAGUUUGUAUGUCAACUCUGCCUCCCACUUUGCAUCAGUGGGAAGGCCUAUCCGCAUCAUUGCUAUGCCCCCUACUCUCCAGCUUCAAUAACCCUCAGUGGGGAUAUGAAAUAUUAGGCUGUAGUUAUGUUCAUAACACAAUUCCCAAAGGUCGGUGAAAUAUUGGAAUUUAGGACCCAUCCCUAAUUCUAUAAUUUUAGGUCAAAUUGUGGAACUCUGUUUUCAGCAUAACUACUAACUAUUUAGUGAAUAAACCUCCAGAGGGUUGUAUGUGUAGUUUCUCAGCUUCUGUCAAAAUAUGGGUUGUAUCUAAUGGAUCUAAAUGAUGUUAAUAAUGUGGUCAUAUGCUGGAUAACAUGUAAUGUACCUUAUGUGUCUUAAGGACAAACAACAACAACCCCGUAUUAAUUUGUUUGCUUACGCAAUGAUUAGUACUGUAACACCCUUUCUUCUCUAUAUUUUAUUCUCACCUGGCAGUGCGUAUCCCACUAUUUUUCAUUUCCAUCACAAGCCAUAUGGAUUUGUCUUGUUUCUUUCAGA